AUAUACGAAGUAUAUAAAUUCCCCACUCCGUUCCUUUCAUAGCCUAGCAUAGCCUCUUUAACUGCAAAUCAAAUUAAACCCAUCAGUUAUAUUCCAAUGGAGUUUCUUGUGGGCAAAUCCAUUCUCAUCACUGGCGCAACUGGUUUCCUUGCCAAAGUGCUAGUGGAGAAGAUACUUCGCACUCAACCCGACAUAAAAAAGCUCUACCUUCUCAUCAGAGCCAAUGAUUCUUUAUCUGCUAUCAAAAGAUUUAAUACUGAGGUUAUGGACACUGAAUUGUUUAGAGUCGUGAAAGAACAAUACGGUGAAAAGUUUAAGGCCCUUGUGGAGGACAAAGUGUUCCCGGUGGCGGGUGAUAUUUCCUUCAAGGAUUUGGGAAUUGAAAAUGUUGAGCAACUCUUGGGAGAAUUAGACAUAAUUAUUAACUCUGCUGCAACCACUGUAUUUGAUGAGAGGUAUGAUGUUGCAAUGAGUAUAAAUACAAUGGGCGCAACAAAUGUUCUGAAUUUUGCCAAGAAAUGCCAUAAUCUUAAGAUGAUCGUUCAUGUAUCCACCGCUUAUUUUCGAGCCCAAAACGCAACAGAAAAACAAAUCAGAGUAGCCAUGAAAAUUUUGGGCAUCCAAAGGGCAAAGCUUCAUGGAUGGCCAAACACAUAUUCAUUCACAAAAGCAAUGGGAGAAAUGUUGUUAUUAAAGUUUAAGCAGAAUCUAUGUGUCAUAAUGUUACGCCCUACCAUUAUUACAAGCACUUAUAAAGAACCGUUUCCUGGAUGGAUUGAAGGUGCAAGAACCAUGGAUAUCUUUGUAUUGAUGUAUGGCAAAGGAAGAUCAAAUUUUAUGAUGGGUGAUCCAGACUCAAAACUCGACGCGAUUCCUGGAGAUAUGGUGGUGAGUUCAAUACUUGCGGCGAUUAUGCAUCAUGGAAAUGACAGUCAUAACACAUAUAAUGAUGAGGAGUUGAUAUAUCAUGUUGGCUCUUCAUCUACCAAUCCUUUGACAAUAUUGGAACUUGGAAAUUAUUUAUAUCGCUAUUUUACGGACAAUCCCUGGUCAACCAAGAGUGGGAGCCUCAUCAAAGUAGGGAAGCCCAUGUUGCUUACUAGUUUGAAUGAGUUGCAAAGAUACAUUUCCUUUCGUUAUCUCCCACUGUUAAAGGUAUUAAAGUUGUUGAACGCGAUACUUUUUCAAUACUUUGAUGAAAAAUGUGCGACUGUUGAGAAAAAUAUAAGUUUCGUGAUUCGGAUUGCUGAGCUGUACAAGCCAUACUUGUUCUUUCAUGGAAGUUUUGAUGACACCAACACAAAAAGAUUGAGAGUGGCUACAACACAAACUAGAAUGACUCAUAUUGUAAACUGUGACCCCAGUUGUAUCCAUUGGGAAGACUAUUUCAUCAAUACGCACAUUCCGGGAGUUGUAAAAUAUGCAUUCUGAUUAUGAAACG